AUGGAGAAAAGUCACCCUGAGGGCUCCGGCUCGUUGAUCCCAACCGGCAGCAAGCGCGUCCGCACCGCUCAGCACGGUCGUCGAACCAGUGGACAGCUUGUCCUGCUUUCCGACCUGGCACAGUCACCCCCCGCGUCUUUUGUCGCUACAAGAACAACAGCAACCGCGUCCGGGGCGCAGGUGUCAUCGCCAUCAUUGUCGUCGUCGCCGCUUGGAUCACCUUCUUCCUCGAGCGAUCAGGACAGUUCGUUGUUGAGGGCGGCCCGUGCUUCGAGCUCCACCACAACAGGCAUUGCACGCACAACAAAACCUCCCAACCUCUCCCUCUUGCCGUCUUCUGUCACCGACCUCGACUUUGACUUCUUUGACUCUCCUGUCGUCCCACUCGAGCUCUCCCCUGUCCUUUCUAUCUCUCGCCCAUCGGCAGAGCAUAUCGCCAUCCCACCAGCAUACGACGUCGCCCUCGAGUCGCCUUUUGCUGAGGCUCCAGCCUCACCACCCAUUCCCAUCGAACGGUCGUCUCGCUCCUACAGCUUCACGUCGAGCUCUGCAUACUCGAACGCGUUGACGUCGACCACCGUCUCCGACGCCCCGCCUGUACGACUCACCCCACUCGACCGCUCACUCAGCUCGGGCACAUUCGGCUCCAGCAACCGUUCAAGGGCAGCCCACGUUGCUGUUGACAGUGGUCCUGACGACUCUCCUCGACUUCCUGGCGCGCACCUGAGCCGUCAAACAUCUAUUGCUUCCACGGCCUUAACCGUCGCAUCAAGCGGCGUUUCUGCGACCCACUGGCGCCCCGAGACGGACGUUGCCAUUAUCCAACAUCUCCUCGCGGCUCGACAGCGCAGCGACUCUGCGAUCGUCCCUCCGUCCCCUACAGGAACCCUUGCUCCCUCGCCCUCUACGCUUGCCGCUUUCCCGGAACCCCCGACGCGUGAGCCUUCGCCGCCCGCACAAGCCUCGACCUCGCGAGGAGAGCCUGUACCUGCACCACACAAGCCACCGCCUAGCGCUGGAACGCCACUGAUCUGUGGCGGAGUAGACGAGCAACCCGAGGACAGCGCAAGCAUCGUCCGUCAAAACAGUCGAGUUGCAAGGGCCCAAGUCGCUGCAAGUGCUACCACCCCCUAUCCAUCGCGAGAGGACGACACUUUACGUUCAGCACACUGGACCAAUCGCCACGUUGACAUGUACCAUCAUCAGUCGGAGAGCAGCCGGGUACACCCCGCGCUGACGCUGGACGAGACGGAGCGGCUCGUCAAGAGGUUUUACGACGAGCCACUCAACCUGGGCCCUGACCCGUCACAUAUCGACAGCAGUGAGGCAGUGUAUCGCACAAUGUCCAUCGAGUCUGGCGAUUCUGGGUACGCCGAGUCCACCACCACGCUGGCAAACUUGCUGCCGUCGACGAGCUCUGCUGCUUCUGCUGCAUCCCACAAUGCCCCUUACAGCAGGCAGCAGCCUACGGUCCCCAACCAGGUCUACGGGUCGCUCAUGGAGCGCUUGCCGGCUGCCAUGGCCAGCAAGUCGGACUUGACGGCUGACCAAAAGGCCCAGCUGGUGAAGCGUACCCGCAAGCUCGAGCGUAUGCUGGGCGAGCAGCUCACCGAGCCCACUAUUGAGCGCUUUGUUGUCGAGCCCGUCACUGCCACCACAACCGUCACCACCAAGGUCGAGGAGGACGUGUGGCCCUCGUCCAACUCGUCCGCGCCCGAGUGGCUGCGCGAGGACUGUGUCCCGCAGCGUGUCGUGGACCACGGUCCGUCCGACCCCAAGUCGUCGCAACGCAAGGGAGGUCGCCUCGCGCGCGCGAUCCGUGGCGAGGCCGCUAUGCCUGUCACGGCCGGGUUGCGCGUCUACGUUGCUCGUGAGACCACUGUGGCCGAGACGCUCGUGCGUGGCGAGCAGCAGCUGGUUCGCGGCGAACAGCACCACCAGAUCAACCUCAUCGUCGCUCCUCCGUCGUCUCCCGGAGCCACCACCUCGACCGAUGCCAGCUCGCCACCUUCAUCUCCGACCCGGUCGGCCGAGGACGCGGCGCGCACUGCCCGUCGCCUCCAAUUGGCAAAGCUGAAACGUUUGCUCGGCACACCCAUCCCCUCGCACCUCGUUGACCCGCUGAUGCGGAACAGCGAAGAGGACCUCGUGCCGUCGUGCACGCCGCCACUGCGCGAGACGUCGCAGACCAACCUCCAGGUACUGGGCGACAAGCUGCGAAGCCGCGCCCCCUUCCGCCGCAACCGCGAGGGCAAGGAGGUGGUUGUUGUGGACACGGUGUCGCAGCCUCCCCCAGACGAGCUCCUUGACCCGAAUGGGCCCAUGAGUGCCUCUGACCGCCAGCUGGCCCGCAUGCGCGCCACGAGGCUCGAGAAGAAGUUUGGCAUCACUCCCCCACCCGCGCUCUACCUUCCGAUCCAACGGCCCCAGCCACUCGGUCCACAGCCGACGGGGUCUAGGGGGUCGCCUACGUUUGACGGCUACCGCAACUCGCUUCAGAGUCUCAUCUACCUUGUCGAGCACGACCAGGACCGUCUGGCGUGUCUUGUCGAUGAGCUUGAGUCUGCUAAUGACGAGGAGGAGGAGGUGAUGGCUAGCCUGGCGCCGCCGGCAAACUCACCGUACAGCCCCGCUUCGCCAGCUUCAGUCUACUCGACCAAGACACCCACCACGGUCCGCCGGCUGUCUGGUCGGACCUCCCCCGCCGCCAGCACAGCUACUGGGUCCUCGUUUGCGACCCGCUUUACACGCCGCAUGUCUGCGCCUCCAGCCUCGGUAUCCUUCUCGCCCUUUGCCGAUGACCGGUCCCCGUCGAGUCCCAGGUCCUUUUUCGUCGCCCCGCGCGGCAACAUGACUCCGCCACCCUCCAUAUCCGCUGCCACCUGCCCCUCACCGCACGCGUCCACGACAUCGCUGGCUACCACCAACGCCUCCCCGUCGUUCCACCGUCGCCGGAACUCGUCCAAGCUGUCCAAGUUCUUCGGCGACGACUCGAUCGACUUUGCCGCGCUCCAGGCAGCCUGCGCCGUACCACCCUCGGCGUCGACGCUGCCCAUGCACUCUGUUUCCGAACGGGCCGCUUCGCCACUAUCCGUCUCGCCGGCGUCCACCAUGUCCACCAUGUCCCGCAAGCUCCGCCCGUUCCCGCACGACGUCAGCCGCCCGACGACCCCGCCAGCGGCGCGCCGGAGGGACACGCUCGACGGCGUGUUGCUCGAAAUGUGGCACGCGGUGCAGGGUGAGGUCAGCCGCGGCGCGUUGGGGGCCGCCGACGCCGCCAGGCUCGGCGACCUCAUGGGCCUGCUGCGCCGUAAGAGGGAGCACACGAGCUGGGCAGAGCUGUAG